GGUGGGCGGGCUCGGCACCUCCGAGAUGGCCAAUCAGCUAGUGGGGCCACACUGCUUCCUCCUCGCUCCUCCUGAGCAGCUGCACCAAGUUUCGGGUUGCACGUGCCAGUGUUUGUGUACGUGCGGCAGCCACAGGGGUGGGAAAGGGCCCCGCAGCCAAAGGUUAGGCUGCUGGGCCGCUGCCAGCACUGGGGCGCGGCGGUGAGGGGCCUGCCGGCUGGCCUCAGCGAUCUUUAAAUUCUUCCACACGUGGGCGGCUUGUGCACUCUUACCUGCGUCUGCAGCGAGUGCCACACCGCUCUGCUCGUCCCAGGACUCCUGUCCUCUGCUGUUAGGCGGGAAAUGCUGUUGCUUGAUUGCAACUCAGAGGUGGACAGUUUGAAGCAUCUGCUGGAGACCGGGGACUCAGUCAACGCACCCCCGAACCCCUUCGAGCAGUCGCCUGUCCACUUGGCCGCAGGUGGAGGCUGUGCUUGCUUGCUUCUGUGGCAGCUGCAAAUGGGCGCUGACCUCAACCAACAGGAUGUUUUUGGAGAAGCUCCACUACACAAGGCAGCAAAAGUUGGGAGCCUGGAAUGCCUUAGCCUGCUUGUAGCCAGUGAUGCCCAAAUUGAAAUACUCUUUCAACUACUUAAAACUGGAAUGCCCACUCUGUGCUGGACUCUGCUAGCCACAGAAGAUACAACAGCAAAAAAAACAAGUGAAAGAUCCGAUACAGAUCAUUGUGUUCCAGUGCUCAGACAGAAACGAAGUUUUGGAAGUGCAGAGAAUAUAAAUGGAAAAAGGAAGUGUUGAUGUCAUGUCAUGUUGGUUAUGAAGAGGUUUGAAGAGGCCUUCACUUUGUGCAAAUCUACUGCUUAGCUUACAAGCUAUGGCUUUUGGCUCAACAAGUGUUUCCAAAUCCUGAGAAGGAGAAAAACUUUUAAGUGAAGAUAACAUUUAAGCAUACCUGUAUUUACAUGCUAUAAUAUUUUGGUUGUGCAUGCUUUGUCUUUUAAGUUACUAAAGGACUGUCUAAAGAAUAAAUUCUUUUCUGUGUGUAGUAUUUACAACCUUUGAAAAAAAUCAUAGGUUAAACCAUCAAACUACACCCAGGAUUUAAUUUGAAAUUAAACUUUUGAUUAACAAAUUUAUAGUGAACUUUACUACUGUCUUUGAAGUCCAAGGUAUUUUAAAUAAUAUUUGGCCGCUGAGGAAGACAUAGGUUAUAGUAAGCAUCCUUGUUCCAAAAGUCUGGGCCCUUCCAUCCACACCAGCCCUACAUUGGGAGAAGAGAAAGGAAAACAUUUUACAAAGUUAUAGGACUCUGUAACAUUGUAACAUUUUACAAUCCUGCUCAAUCAGCAGGAUCUUGGAAUAAGAUUCUAAAUACCUAUCGUAUAUAAUUCAAAGAUUCAGAUCCCUAUAAAGCAGAGAAAAGUAAUUUACUUGGGUCCAUUUCACAUAGAAUUUAAAAAUUUUUAAACAUUUUUUUAAUUCUAUGGUAUUGAAUCAUAGAAAUCAUAAAAAAGAAAAGCUUCCUUAUGGUAACUAUUACUCCAAAUUCCACAUUUUAUUGAUUCUAAGAUAAUAUAGUUUUACAAGUCUGUCAGUUGAUGGUAUGUGAUAGUUUAAUUGGCAGUCUGUUUUUCUUAGUAGUUCUUAAAAGAUGAUAAUAUGUUCCAUGCAGAGGCAUCUUAGCUAUGAGGAAAUAUGGUGUUGAGAAAUCUGAGCUUGCCCCUUGAAUUGCGUUCCAUGCCUUUCAUUUCCCUCGGGCUGUAAUUAUUCCACUUUCCAUUCUUCAUGUCAGUAUCAGCCCUUUUCCCCAGCAGAGAAAAUGACUUCAAACAAAAAUCUCAUUGUGAAUAUAAACGUUUAUCAAAUUUCUUCUAGGGCCAUUGAUUUAUUUUCUUAAGACCCACCUGACAACUGCUCUGUUGUAUCAUUCUGAAAUGAAAUGCUUUGUUUACAAAAUACUUGUGAGGAGGCUAGCUAGGACGGAGUGAGUGACAAGUAGUGGUCUUAUUCCUUUCCCUGACUGGCUGGGAAGCUGCACGGUAUUUUAGCUGAGACCUAAAGCUGAAGUUCAUAGUUCCUAUACGAGAUAGUGUGUUAGCUCUGUUUUUCAGUGUGGAGGCAGGAGGGUUGAGUAGAGAUGAUCUUUAAUUUUUUCAUGUUUCUUUUACUGAUUGCAAAAACAAGAUAUACAUUGUAAAAAGU